AUGGCAGCCCCGUCUAUGAAAGAAAGACAGGCUUGCUGGGGAGCCUGGGAUGAAUACUGGAAGUGUUUAGAUGAGAACACAGAGGACGCUUCUCAGUGCAAGAAGUUAAGAAGCUCAUUUGAAUCCAGUUGUCCCCAACAGUGGAUAAAAUAUUUUGAUAAAAGAAGAGACUACUUAAAGUUCAAAGAAAAAUUUGAAGCAGGACAAUUCCAGCCUUCAAAAACAACUGCAAAGUCCUAGGCUGCUCCUGAACUUCUCAGAAGGUUU